UUCCUCUCCUAAGGUAUUCUGCUCUCAUUUAUUGGAAGACGAUGGCAUCAUUGAGAAUGAUUGCAGUGUUCCUAGCAUUACUGGGGAGUUUUGUAAGUUUUGUCAGCUCUAACGCUGUUGAUCAGACGACUACUACUACUAAAGAUACAACUUGCGCUGCUUGUUUUGAAACGUGUGCGGGGGUCUCAUGCUGCGACCCAUUUAUCUGUAUCGAUGUUAAGGCAUUAAAUCUGGGUAUCGAUUUAGACGUCAGUGUAUGCCUUACUACAGAGCAAGUAGAAAAAGGAAUGAAAGGUGAUAAAGAAUUUAAAGCAACUUUAGUGGGUGUAUUGGAGAAUCUAUUGGGUGUUGUGAUUAAUUUAUUGGAUAAUUUAUUGGGUGAAAAGGGGAUAUUGGGGAAAUAAAGAAAUACAUGGUUGAGAAAAUCAUAUUCAUAAAAAAUGUUUUACUUUUAUAUACCACAUUUUCUCCUUUUUCUAUCCGUACUCGUCUGGAAUUAAUAGUGUUUAACAAAUAUGUUAUUUGAAUAGCAGUUAAAUAAAGUAAGCUCUUCUAAUAGCGUAGGCAGCACUAUUCUGAA